AUGGGCGCCGAGUCGAGGAAAGUACCACCACUUCCUGCCCCGACGGAGACGGACACGACAACUCCGAGCGAGCUGGCAACCGACCUGUCCAAGCCUGGCGACGAGAAAUCUUCCUACUCCAUUCCCGAGGAUGGUACUCCGGUCACUAUUCGCACUCGCGGCCACAAAGCUAGUAAAUCUCAAACGUCAUUGCUCAUUGAGUAUUUCGAGGGCGGGAAAACCGGCUCUGGCGGCCAAGAUCGUAAACCAAGUGUUCGGGUCCGUCUGACCCCGUCCAAGAAGAGCAGAGGCGAUCAUAUUCAAGUAUCCGAGACCAAGGGAUCCCGCAAGGCUUCUCUCACCCGCCGCAGUCCUCUCGACCAAGCCAUCGCAUCAAGGGAAAUCGAGCUGCACGACGGCGAGGACGCGAACAGCAUGACGUCGUAUGCCUCGGCAACCGAGGAAUCCAAUGUUUCAAGAAAUCCCAUCGACAUUGAAAUAGACCGCAGCCACAGGCGACGACGGCCCGCAAGUCCCUUGAUACCCUCUGCCGAGUCGUAUCAGCCUGGGAAUCCUUCCGAGAUCUCUGCCAUCCCGACAGACAGUUUUCUGGACGGCUCGGGUCCUGCGGGAGACUCGAAACGCUCUUCUAGCCCUGUCCGCGCUGAGGCGCUCAUUGGUGCAACGGCCGCCGCGGGUGUGCUUGGAGGAGCGGCCAUGGGCGAAAUGAGCAGCAGCAAAGCUCGGGCAAAGGAGCGUGUUAAAAUGGCGGAAAAAUCAAAAGACAAGUCCGACAAGAAGAGGCACUCUAAAAGUAGGGCCAGUAGUGUCGCUAGUGAGCGCGCUGUUGAUGAGACUCGGUCCCCACGUCGACGGUCCAGUCGCGGCCACCAGGAAUCCAAUACAAGUGCGGCGGAUUCCAGUGUCGUGUCAUCUCAUCUCGCCCCAAGCCAUCGCUCCCUUGACACGCGUUCCGUCCGCUCUGGGGCCUCGAGAACAUCAAUCAAUAACCCCAAGCUUCUCGAAACUGUUGAGGAUGCCAUCCGGAGGCUAAUCUUGCCCGAAUUGAGCGCGCUCAAGAGAGAACAAAGCAAACGUGAAAGCCGCCGUGGCUCACUGACUUCGUCCGCUACCUCUGUUUCAAGAGAAGACGUCUCAUCCGACCGCAGGCGGUCUUCAGACGGACGAGGCGAGAGUUCGCGAGAUGGGGCAAGACACAAGGACCGGCGCAAUCGAGAGGCGCGUCACGACUAUGACGAUGACAUCUCAUUACGCAGUCCCAGUCACGGUUCCAUCAACGCUGAAUAUGAGGCACAUGAAGGAGAUGUCACUUCUCCAAGGCGCAGCAACAAUCUGCUCAAAGCUGCCGCCGCUGGAGCCGCCGGGGCUGCAUUGGCCAAGGGUGCCGGCUCUGCCAUGGAUGAUGUUGCUCAGUCACCGGAUAGAAAACAGCGUGAGAGACGCAGGAGAAGGGCCGAAAAUACCGGAAGUCGUGGCUCGGGCCGCGAGCAGUUUGAUACAGAACUGGAUGAGGAGCACCUUGCCCCUGAACCCCCAAUGCCACUCAUGAGUGACGUGAACCCCUCCGAGGUCACUCGAACUUCCAUUCUAUCGGCGGAAUCAGACCGCCCGCACUCUGCCAGCGAAGAGCUUGUGGCUGCGCCGGCUAGAGAUCUUGUCCAUGGCGAACAGAUAGCUUCAGGAGCGUCAACCCCUGCUCGUGCCAAGUCCCCAGUGAACCAGGAGCAACAUGCUCUGGCUAUGCAUCACGCAAACGUUUCUCAUGGCGACCUUACGGCACUACCCCGCGGCAACAAGGACUAUGUUGAAGAAUAUGAGACGGAUGAGUACGGAAGAAAAGUCCCCGUCGGCUGUUACGACGACUACGGACGCAGCAGAGUCGCACCCGAGCCAGCUGACUAUCCCGAGGACGAUUUCGAAGAACGCUACUACAGCACACAAGACGUCCCUCCACCUCUUCGAUACGUUCCUUAUCAAGCCGGCGCCAGAGGACUCAGCCCUAUUCCUAGCGUUUCUGGAUACACCGAAGCUGGCAGUGAAGCGCCCCCACCCCGGGACUCCAUGGAAAUGCCGUCACCAGCCAGGUCGCCAGAGCGAACCCGUCAGCAUUUAUCCUUGCAACCAGAUGGCUCUGCGGCAGGCAACGUGCGUAGUCGAGAGUUGGACCGGGUCUCUCCAGAUGGUGGACAACAAUUUGAUGAGACUGCUACUGGUCAGGCUGUCCGCGGUAUCGGAGCGAAUCCUAAAUUUGUCAAUUCGCCUAUUGGCGUCGAGUCUGCUGUUGCGUCUCUGGUGGACGGAUCAAUGCUUGACCAAUCUGUCGUCACUGGAGCUUCGGGGAAUGAUCAAAACGCUGUGAGGGAUUCAAACGUUUCGUACGAGGAACCGCACAAGACCCAAAGUUCUCGUGGCGUCGGCAGCCCGGAGAGGAUGGAUGUUGACCCUCGUGAAGUGGAGGACGAAUGGCAAACAACACCAGGGCCCAAGUCUGUGGCACGGCACCACGAGUACUCAGAGUAUGAUGUUGAUGAGCAUGGAAGAAAGGUACCUCGAGCCAAGCAUCGCCACUCGCCAACUGCGUCGGAAGCGGCCAUCACGGCUGGUGCAGUUGGCGCUGCUGCUGCAGCGUUGAAGGCUGCCAAGGAGAGGAAGCAAGCAGUAGCCUCUGGGCAGUUUGGGGAGGACUUCCAGCCUGCAGGUGUAGCGCGAAAUAGAUCGUUUAAAGAGAGAACCAUGCACCACGGUUGGGAGCCACGCAACACUCCUACUCACAGCAUCGACAGACUGGAUCUGGAAGAACAGGCCCCCAAGUUGGGUGCGAGUGGGCUUCCCGACAUGGAUGAUCCUAUGCCAGAAAUCGGUUACGUCGAUGACGAGCUGCAGACCAAUCCCUCAAUAGUCGAUGAGCGGCUUGAUGGCGAGCCCGUCUAUGAGGAAUGGUCCGGCAGGGCAACGCCAACACCACGAGACAUGGGCGGAUAUGCUCCCGAGGCAAAGGGCAAGGAAGCUGAAGUUGGAGGCGCCCUUGGAGUUACUGAGGCUGUUGGAGCUGCCGCACUGGGCGCUGCCGCAGCCAUGGCUGCAGCCCACAGCCACGACGCAAGCCAAGAUGAGGAAGAAUGGCACCGUACGUCUGACGAGCGGAAACGAGACACUCUUCUGACCAACCCCUAUGAAGACGCCAGCCCCAUCGUGAACCCUGAGCUGAACGACAAGUUGCUCAGCAGAGGACUCGAAGCCCCGUUCAACACUGGCAGUCCUGGUUUCGGUCAAAAGUACGACGAGGGCUAUAUGUCAAACGGUCCAAACCGAACCCCCGAUCCGCAGGUGAAGGGCAAAGCGGUUGAUUUAAAUGCAGCCGUAACUGACGAUGACCCAUUCUAUGUGCCAAAGUCUCAUGCCCGGCACACGAGUGGCAUGUCCCAGGGCAUGGCCUCACCAUUCUAUGACGCGGCAACAGGUGUGGGUAUAGAGCGUAUCGAAAAUAAGGAUAUUGUGGCCUUGAUGCAACACUUGAUGGUGCGCGACGCCCAGCGAAGUGCUCGGGAUACAGAAAUUGUCGCCUUGCUCAUGAACGCUGCCCUCGAGAUGCGAAACUCCUUUCGUGAAAUGAAGGAACUCGUACAAGACACGGGAGAUGAUGUCAUCUUCGCCAAUGUGGAAAACACGGAGAAGCUACAAAAGGCCAUGAGCGUACCUAGGCCGUAUCCGGGUGCCGCCUCCCGCUCCCUGCAAAGCCCGUCGCAAGCUGGCACGUUUGAUGAGGCUGCGGCCAAGAAGAAGACCCUCUGGAAGCGAGCCUUGCAGGGCCUCAGUGCCAAGGGUACCAACGACCUCACUCGCAUCGAAGACAUGCUCAUGCAGCUUCUCGGCGAAGUCGAUGUACUCAAGACGCAGACAGCGCCAGCAAUUUCGAUUGGAGGACCCGGACAAUCAGUGGAAAAUGUCCGAGAAGAGGACCAGCUUGAGCAGGACAGGGGCCACGGGCCAGAUGGCAUCUCGACGCCCACUCCUGCUACCCAGCCGGGAACAGCAGCAUCUGCGUCCCAGUCUCGUGCCCACGCGGUCGGCGGUGUAGAGCGAAAGUUCUCCGAGCACAGGAUAAGUACUGUGCCUGAAAAUGAAGAGGAAUGCCGGUACGACCAUGUUAGUCCAAGAGCAGAGAGAUCUGGCGGCGACCAUGUCCAGACCCCAACGCAAGCCGAACAAAUUCAGCGUGGGGGUUCAGUUCCUCUCGAGACGCCACCCCGGCUGGCACCUCCCGCGGAUCCCCAACCCCUCAGCGCCGAGAACACACCACGAACUGACAGGGGGAAGAAGCACAAGUCCAGCAGUUCCAGUGGGUGGCUGCCGAAGAUCUCGCGAUGGUCGGGAACAACGGCUUCAAGCGUCGGAAAGGCUCUCCGUGGUAGCAGCUCCUCCAAGAAGGGACCGAAGUACGACGAUUUUCAACCGCCCUCCAGGUCCGGGUCCAGUCUUGCUUCGUAUGAUGAUGAUCAAACGUUCCGCCAUGACCCCUAUGGCCAGGACAAGCUACACUCUGGGUUCUCGGAUCCCAGCCUCCAAGGAAUUGGAGGCGAACGCCGCAACUCGCAAGGUCCACCACCAACCUCACACAUGUCACCAGAGGAUCCGGAUCCCAAGUACAAGGCCCACCGGAACUCGCUGAACCUGCAGCAUCCCCAGCCACGACCUGGUCAAACGGAGAGAUUCCGAACUGCCUUGGAGUCUUCAGCGCAGGAGUACAGCAACCCCAUGACACCAAGAUCUACCGACUGGGCCGGUUCGGCAACCAGCCUUAACCGCUUGCCUCCCAACACCAACAGGUUCAGCAACACCUCGUCCGUUCCAGGCCCCGAGGCUGACUAUUACCUAUCGGCUGGGCAGCAGUCCGGCCCGCCUCGUCCUCCAAAAGAACCCAUGGGCUCUCCCGGCCCACAGACGCCGCCCAAGGCCACUCGGCUCUCCAAGAUGCAGAAGGAGGGCAGCCCGGCUCCCCAGCAGAGCUCUGAGAGCGGGUACGGUACGAUGACGGGGACAUAUCUCAGCCACUGCUCUGGAAGCAGCCCCAGGUUGGAGAACAGGAAUUUAAAUGCUGCGCUCGGCGUUCCCAGCCGACGACCCAGUGGCCCACGGGCCAUGACACCAAAGAGCCCUGAGGAAGAGACGGCGAGAGAAGAAAGGCGACGAAAGCGAGAUACAUUUGGAACCGUGGCCAGUGAAGAUACAGAUACUUUCUGA